GGCCUGGCCAACCGCCGCGGUCCCAGCGGCCACCCCGUGCCCACUGCCGGGCGCCCCGCGCUCCCUGCCGCGCGCGCGUUCCAGGCUCUGAAGGCCACGAUGCUUCGGGUCCUGGUGGGGGCAGUCCUCCCCACCAUGCUGCUGGCGGCUCCACCACCCAUCAACAAGCUGGCGCUGUUCCCGGACAAGAGUGCCUGGUGCGAGGCCAAGAACAUCACCCAGAUCGUGGGCCACAACGGCUGUGAGGCCAAGUCCAUCCAGAACAGGGCAUGUCUUGGACAGUGCUUUAGCUACAGCGUCCCCACCCUUCCACAGUCUACAGAGUCCCUGGUGCACUGUGACUCCUGCAUGCCGGCACAGUCCAUGUGGGAGAUUGUGACCCUGGAGUGCCCAGGCCACGAAGAGGUGCCCCGUGUGGAUAAGCUUGUGGAGAAGAUCCUACACUGCAGCUGCCAGGCAUGUGGCAAGGAGCCGAGCUCUGAGGGGCUGAGUGUCUACGUGCAGGGCGAGGAUGGGACAGCUUCCCAGCCUGGUCCUCACUCUCACCCCCACCCCCACCCUCACCUGGGCGAGCAGACCCCGGAACCUGAGGAUCCCCCUGGAGCCCCCCACACUGAGGAAGAGGGGGCUGAGGACUGAGGCCCCAACUCUUCCUCCCCUCUUGUCCCCUGUGGAAUGGUGGGUCUGCCCUCUGGGAGGAGGGUGGGGGAGAGACCACCCCCUCUCACCUUGGCACCAGACGGACUUGGAUUCAGGCUGGCCUUGGAAUGCUGCCCAGUGGCCGUGGAGACUCAAAGGGAGGGGUUGGCACCACGAAGCACAAUUUAAUAUAUUCAAGAGUAGGGGAAGUUUGCCAAGGUCUUUAGGGGGUCUCUGUUGGAGAGGGGAGUUCUCUUCCUUUUUGCUUCCCAGAGAUGCAUCCUGAAGAACUGGUAGGACAUUGGCCAAACUGCUGAGGUGGGCUGAGGCCAAGCAAGAUGGCGGAAUAAGGUUGAUGCCCAGCAUCCCCUGGUGGGACAGGGCCUCUGGGGCAGAUGCUGGAGCUGGGCCCUGAGCUGGGGCCUGCCUCCCCGCAGCUGUUCUGAGGAGGGCUGGCCCUGGCCCAGAGAUCAUUGGCAGAAGCAGGGGAACUCAACCCCCAUGACUGCCCAUGGGCCUCCAGCCUCAGCCUGUCCCAAGGCAGCUUCUCCCUUUGGCACUAAGGGACCCUCCCUCAUGAGUCAGGCCUGGGCAGGACCCUGCUGACUCAUGGCUCUUGAUUUUGGGGGCCUGGCUCUACACCUCUGUUUUUUUUUUGGCUUGGUGAGGGUGGUCGGGGAGCAGGAGGAAGGCAGAGCCUUCCUGGGCCCACAGGAGAGACUUGCCUAACCAGGGAGAAGAGGGUUUUUCUCUCUCUCAGCUCUGAGCGCUUCACACUGCCCCCCCCCCCCGCCCCCAAGUUUAAGGCUCCUUGGAAAGCAGCAUGGCCCUCCCGGGUGGGGGAUCUUGCUCUGAAUAUCUGAGGAAGGGGAAGGAAAGGUCUCUUCAGCCUGGUUCCAGAAAGGGCACUAGGCUGCAGGGCCUCAAGCUGGCCAGUGUUUACUGGGGCUCUCUAGGAAACCCACCCCGCCUGUCUUCUUACCCCCAGCUGCACUUUAACACUCGGAGGGGGGAGCCUGGGGGUGCAGGGCUCUCAGACAGUGAAGAACAGCACCCUGUAGCCCCACCGGCCCCCACCUGGAGUGUUCCCAUCCUCCUGAGCAUUCUGACAAGAGCUUCUGGAGCUUGUAACCCAAUAGAUCGUCCCCCUCCUGGAACCUGAGUUUUCUCAUGAAUAAACUCGUACAAGGCUUGUA